UGAAGAGAGUGAAGUGAGGAGUUUCCUGCAGUGUCUGCCUUAUAUCUCACAGCUCAGUGUUGAUACAAAGACAUCAGAUGAAGACAGAACAAAGUUCUUUGUGAAUCUGUUCUGUGCAGCAGCAGAGAGAGAACAGCAGACAGGAGAGAAGAUACUGGAGCUGUUAUCAUCAGUGUGCACAUAUCAAACAUUCCCUUUUAAUGAGAGAUGCAAGGAUGAUGACGAUGACCAUGAUAUGAAGAAACGUCAGUGUGAUCUCCUCCUGGAUCUGUACUCCAAAGUGAAGGACUGUGAGGCUAAAACAGGCUUGAGUGUCCUUCCAUCAUUACAGUCAGUUUUCCAGUCAGCUCCUGCAGUCUGGUUCAUAAACCUCUCAGAGAGAAAGACCUCCAUCCUUCUGGAAGUGCUGAAACUCCAACCAGAGAAGAAACAAGUGGAGCUGACACAGUACACUCAUAAAAAGAGUAAAAUUAGGAGUUUCCUGCAGUGUCUGCCUUAUAUCUCACAGCUCAGUGUUUAUUUUGAGGAUCCAGAUGAAGAAAUCAGGUUCUUUGUGAAUCUGUUCUGUGCAGCAGCAGAGAGAGAACAGCAGACAGGAGAGACGAUACUGGAGCUGUUAUCAUCAGUGUGCACAUAUCAAACAUUCCCUGUUAAUGAGAAAGACAUGGAUGAUGACAAUGACGAUGACGACGAUGAUAUGAAGAAACGUCAGUGUGAUCACCUCCUUGAUCUGUACUCCAAAGUGAAAGACUGUGAGACUAAAACAGGCUUGAGUGUCCUUCCAUCAUUACAGUCAGUUUUCCAGUCAGCUCCUGCAGUCUGGUCCAUAAACCUCUCAGAGAGAACGACCUCCAUCCUCCUGGAAGUGCUGAAACUCCAACCAGAGAAGAAACAAGUGGAGCUGACACAGUACACUCAUAAAAAGAGUAAAAUUAGGAGUUUCCUGCAGUGUCUGCCUUAUAUCUCACAGCUCAGUGUUGAUAGUUUGGGGCCACGUCUUCAUGAAGCAGUCAGGUUCUUUGUGAAUCUGUUCUGUGCAGCAGCAGAGAGAGAACAGCAGACAGGAGAGAAGAUACUGGAGCUGUUAUCAUCAGUGUGCACAUAUCAAACAUUCCCCUAUGGGAACAUAAACUUGAGUGAUUAUGGAAAAAAGUGUCAAAGUGACUUCCUGCUGGAUCUGUACUCCAAAGUGAAGGACUGUGAGGCUAAAACAGGCUUGAGUGUCCUUCCAUCAUUACAGUCAGUUUUCCAGUCAGCUCCUGCAGUCUGGUUCAUAAACCUCUCAGAGAGAACGACCUCCAUCCUCCUGGAAGUGCUGAAACUCCAACCAGAGAAGAAACAAGUGGAGCUGACACAGUACACUCAUAAAAAGAGUAAAAUUAGGAGUUUCCUGCAGUGUCUGCCUUAUAUCUCACAGCUCAGUGUUUAUUUUGAGGAUCCAGAUGAAGAAAUCAGGUUCUUUGUGAAUCUGUUCUGUGCAGCAGCAGAGAGAGAACAGCAGACAGGAGAGACGAUACUGGAGCUGUUAUCAUCAGUGUGCACAUAUCAAACAUUCCCUGUUAAUGAGAAAGACAUGGAUGAUGACAAUGACGAUGACGAUGAUGAUAUGAAGAAACGUCAGUGUGAUCACCUCCUUGAUCUGUACUCCAAAGUGAAGGACUGUGAGACUAAAACAGGCUUGAGUGUCCUUCCAUCAUUACAGUCAGUUUUCCAGUCAGCUCCUGCAGUCUGGUCCAUAAACCUCUCAGAGAGAACGACCUCCAUCCUCCUGGAAGUGCUGAAACUCCAACCAGAGAAGAAACAAGUGGAGCUGACACAGUACACUCAUAAAAAGAGUAAAAUUAGGAGUUUCCUGCAGUGUCUGCCUUAUAUCUCACAGCUCAGUGUUGAUAGUUUGGGGCCACGUCUUCAUGAAGCAGUCAGGUUCUUUGUGAAUCUGUUCUGUGCAGCAGCAGAGAGAGAACAGCAGACAGGAGAGAAGAUACUGGAGCUGUUAUCAUCAGUGUGCCGAUGUCACAAUUUCCCCUAUGUUAACACAAACUUGACUGAUUAUGGAAAGAAAUGUCAGUCUGAUUUCCUGCUGGAUCUGUACUCCAAAGUGAAGGACUGUGAGUCUAAAACAGGCUUGAGUGUCCUUCCAUCAUUACAGUCAGUUUUCCAGUCAGCUCCUGCAGUCUGGUCCAUAAACCUCUCAGAGAGAAAGACCUCCAUCCUCCUGGAAGUGCUGAAACUCCAACCAGAGAAGAAACAAGUGGAGCUGACACAGUACACUCAUAAAAAGAGUAAAAUUAGGAGUUUCCUGCAGUGUCUGCCUUAUAUCUCACAGCUCAGUGUUGAUACAAAGACAUCAGAUGAAGACAGAACAAAGUUCUUUGUGAAUCUGUUCUGUGCAGCAGCAGAGAGAGAACAGCAGACAGGAGAGAAGAUACUGGAGCUGUUAUCAUCAGUGUGCACAUAUCAAACAUUCCCUUUUAAUGAGAGAUGCAAGGAUGAUGAUGAUGAUAUGAAGAAACGUCAGUGUGAUCACCUCCUGGAUCUGUACUCCAAAGUGAAGGACUGUGAGGCUAAAACUGGCUUGAGUGUCCUUCCAUCAUUACAGUCAGUUUUCCAGUCAGCUCCUGCAGUCUGGUUCAUAAACCUCUCAGAGAGAAAGACCUCCAUCCUCCUGGAAGUGCUGAAACUCCAACCAGAGAAGAAACAAGUGGAGCUGACACAGUACACUCAUAAAAAGAGUAAAAUUAGGAGUUUCCUGCAGUGUCUGCCUUAUAUCUCACAGCUCAGUGUUUAUUUUGAGGAUCCAGAUGAAGAAAUCAGGUUCUUUGUGAAUCUGUUCUGUGCAGCAGCAGAGAGAGAACAGCAGACAGGAGAGACGAUACUGGAGCUGUUAUCAUCAGUGUGCACAUUUAACAUGUUCCCUUUUGAUGGCUAUGAUGAUGAUUUGGACAAAUAUCGGUGUGAUCUCCUCCUGGAUAUGUGCUCUGAUGUGAAGGACUGUGAGACUAAAACAGGCUUGAGUGUCCUUCCAUCAUUACAGUCAGUUUUCCAGUCAGCUCCUGCAGUCUGGUUCAUAAACCUCUCAGAGAGAAAGACCUCCAUCCUCCUGGAAGUGCUGAAACUCCAACCAGAGAAGAAACAAGUGGAGCUGACACAGUACACUCAUAAAAAGAGUAAAAUUAGGAGUUUCCUGCAGUGUCUGCCUUAUAUCUCACAGCUCAGUUACAGUGUUUAUCCUGAUUGGACAGAUCCAUUUGAGGGCGCCAGGUUCUUUGUGAAUCUGUUCUGUGCAGCAGCAGAGAGAGAACAGCAGACAGGAGAGACGAUACUGGAGCUGUUAUCAUCAGUGUGCACAUAUCAAACAUUCCCUGUUAAUGACAUUUUCAUUAAUGAUUGUUAUCGGUCUGAUUUCCUGUUGGAUCUGUACUGCCACGUGAAGGACUAUGAGACUAAAACAGGCUUGAGUGUCCUCCCAUCAAUACAGUCAGUUUUCCAGUCAGCUCCUGCAGUCUGGUCCAUAAACUUCAUAUACACCAACUUCUCCAUCCUCCUAGAAGUACUGAAACUCCAAUCAGAGAAGAAACAAGUGGAGCUGAGAGAAUGGCCAGAAGAAGAAGAAGAAGAAGACAGUGUACUGAGGAGUUUCCUGCAGUGUCUGCCUUAUAUCUCACAGCUCAGCUGUGAUCCAGACUUCUUCCAGAGUGUGUGUACAUCCAUGUCUGUAAGAUCCAGAGAGGAGGCCCAGCAGCUGAAGUCUCUGCUGCAGCUCCUGGGGUUCCAGCUGCUGUUAACAGGAGAGUUACACAGGAAAAGCUGCUGGUCUGUGGGGAGAGUUCUCAAACUGUGCAGCUCUAAAGUGGAUCUCAUCCUCACACCCAGCAAGAUGUCUGCCAGAGGAGCCGCUCUCCUCUUUAGACACACAACACAACUACACAGUCUGAGGCUUUCCAUCGACAUGUCCUUGCUCCUGUGUCAGUGGGUAAGAAGAGGCAGAGUGGUCUGUCCGCUGGCUGUUGAAGAGCUUUCUCUUGUGCCUAAGAAAGCCCGACCAUCACACAGAGUAAUGUUGAGGGCUGUCAGUAGUUUGGCUUCCCUGCUGAGAUACUGGACAGUCGCACGGUUAGACCUGACUGAGACCUGCAUCCCUGCUCAGGGUCUCAUUACACUGCUGCUCCAUGAUGGUCCUCUAACAGUCAAACUGAGUGAAGAGAGCUUCCAGCAGCUUCUGUGUCUCCUCCAUGAAAUCCAGGACAAGGACUUGACGUUGUCCUUCCUGAGUAAGGUUGGUGGAGACCUGACCUCCUGCUGUCUGAACUGGGAGCUUCUUCACUAUCUGCUGCAGCAGUCGUCAGCUCAGACCAUCACUGUGGACCUGAGGAAGAACUUCUUCUUACAGGAGGAAACCACACGUCUGCUUCCCUUUCUGGACAGGAUUGUGUUUAAAAGGCCCAGUCCCAGCUUUGUGAUGAGCUCCAUCAGAGAGCUCUACAGAGCUCAUGACAGUCACGCUGUACCCAGUUUACUGAGGUCAUUUGGUCAUGUGAUCAACCUGAGCAGCAGAGAGCUGGACUCAGUGGACUGUGCUGCUCUGAUCUUCAUCCUCAAACACGGAGACGGAGUUAAACUGAACCUCCUGUGGACCUCCAUACCAGCAGAGGGAGUAGAGUCCAUCCUCUUCAUGCUGGACAAAGUUUCUCAUCUCAGUGUUGACAGGAACCAGCUGCUGAGGUUCAUCCACUGCUGUGCUGCCUGUGACGUCCAGCAGGAGGCAGCGUCAGGCCUGCUGAGGACUCUGCAGCACAGCUUGGAUCUGUCCUGCUCCUCCUGUGUGGAGCUACCAGAGGAGGAUCAGCCUGAGCCUCUGAGUCUGACUGCUGAUGACUGCAGGGCCGUCUCCACCAUCCUGACACACAGCAGCCGGGACACACAGCUCGACCUGCGAGACUGUGAGGUGGAGGACAGCGUGCUGGACCUGCUGUUUCCUGUCCUCCACAGGGUCCGCCUCAGAGUCAGUAAAACUGUCCUCCUCCAGCUGCUGUCUCUGGUUCCUGUGAACAGUGAGAGGGACACAGUGAGGCGGGCGGUGUCCCUGUGUGGAGCCCUGGGUGGAGAGCUGGAUCUCAGUCACAGCACGCUGGAUCAGAGGGCCUGUGGGGCUUUGGUCCAGAUGCUGGACUCGUGUGAAGGGCUGACAGAGCUGGACCUCAGUCACUGUCAGCUCACUGACCAGCUGCUGCUCCCUCUCAUCACACAUCUGCACAAAGUCCAAGUCCUGGAUCUGAGUCACAAUCAGAUCACUGAUGCUUCGACUGAUGUGUUACUGCAGCUGCUCUCCAUCAACCCCUCCAUCGACUGUGUGCGACUCUACAGCAACAACAUCGUGCACAGAGCAGCCUUCAAGGAACACAAGCAGUUUGAGGUCUGGUGAAGAACUCAUCACCAUCAUCAUCAUCAUCAUCAUCAUCAGGGACCCGUGGUUUUAUGGUCUCAUAAUUGUUUCUUGCUAAUCUGUAAUGUACAACAGCAAUAAUGGUUCAGUAAGCUUUAAUAGCUACUUUAGAAUGUUUUAUUUUGCUUUAUUGUAUUUCUUUAUUAUGUCAUUAUUAAAAAUAGUAUUUCUAUAGAGACGAGCGCAUCUCAGACUAUUUCUGAAAGUUCUGCAGAUUUUUGUUUUAUGGAGCUCUGACUGAAGCUAUGCAACAGUCAUCCUAAUGUUUACACAUCAGAUUGUUUUAUCAUGAUUAAAUUAUUUUCAAAUAGUGAAAAAUAAAGUGAUGCUGUAAUAGUUACAUUAAAGUUGUGAGUCUGCUUUGUUAA